UGAAAGUAUCGGAAAGAUCUAUUUCUGUAUUUUCUCGUGCGAUUUUCCACAGCUCUUGAUUCGAUCGGAAAGGUAAUGGAAACAUGUGAAGUUUGAAAGGGAAGUGUUGCAAGUGAAAGAGACUCGAUAAAGCUAAAAAUGGAAGUAGUCGACAAAGAUGUCUCUAACUUGGAACACAAAACUGCCAAUGCAUUGAAAAAUGCACCACAGCAGCUUGGUAUCACCACUGCUUUGACAGAAAUCCAGUCUGAGGCUGCAGACUUAACACGGUCACUGGAAACUGACACAAUUGAGACACAAAUGGAAAUAACUGAGAAGAGUAUUUCAUAUGACAACCAGGCCCAAGUAGACUUAAGUGACAUAAUUGAAUUACAACUUAAUGAAGAUUUCAGUACUAGUCCUGACACAUUCAAGGAUACCGAUGAAAAUGAUGACCAUGGUGAAUUUAAGUCAAAACAAAAAGUUAUUGAGGAUGAAACAAAUGCAGACAUUCACUCCAUAAGGAAUGAAACUGGAGGUGAUUGUGAUGUUACAUGUAGGUCUGUGGACUCUGAUUAUAAUGACAAAGCCAAAAAGAAUGAUGAUCCAGAGAUAGAAUCUAUUAAUGAAAAAAAGGCUAAUGAUGUCGGUAUCAACACUGGAAGUAUAACUGAUAGUGCUUCUGAGGAUGAAAAUACUUUAAAAUCUGCCUAUGAGGCAAAAGGUGAUGAUAAUUGUAACACUAACAAUUUUGCAGAGAAUAGUGAAGAAAAUGGAAUAUUUAUCAAUGAUGGUGACAUUGUGACAGCAAUUGAUGUGUAUGGUCGAGGAAAACGCACAAAACAUGAAAGAAAUUCCAAGGAAAAUAUAUCUGAUAAUGAAGUGAUGGAGGAGGAAAAUUUGUUAUCACUUCGUAGCCGGCGAAGUGAACAAAACCAUGCCAAACAUUCAUGCUCAAGGAGCCCAAAUAGAAGACAUUCAAGUCCAGGAAAAAAAACAAAAUCAAGAAAGAUGCCAUCACGUAACUAUGAUGAGGAAAAAGUGAUUUUACCAUUGAAAAAAGGAUGGAGAAGAGAAUUGGUGAUCAGAAAUGUCUUUGAGAAGUUUACAACAGUAGGGGGACUCAAACAAACACCAAUGGAUGUCUAUUACCACCCACCUAAAGGAAGAAAACUUAGAUCCAUGAAAGAAAUCAUUGAUUACUUAAAACGAACAGGGUCUCCAUUCACAGAGGACAACUUUUCACUUCUGAGGCGUCCAAUAUUUGAACCUCCUUAUGAAGUAGUACGACAUGCAGGAAAAUCUAAAGGGAGAGCUGCUGUGGUGAAAGAUGAAGAUUCCUCUUUUGAUACAUCGCUUGACAAGCCAGAAGUUGUGAUUGAAAGAGCUGAUGAGGGGGAGGAGAUGGAGGAAGAAAACAAUGAAGAAGUCAAAAAAGAUAAACCAUUGACAUCUACACCUGUAUCAUCCAUUGUAAAGCGUGCAAAAAUAAAAGUGACUCCCAUGAGAUCCACUUUCAAGUACCAGGGAAGGGGUAGACCUCCCAAAAAUAAAAUGCUUCCACAUGCUUUAGCAAAAACAAAAAGCCUUCUUUAUCGACAUUCAUCAAAACAUGGAUAUCAUGGAGUUACAGAGACACUGAUCAAAGAUGUUACAGUGACAAUGCCAGAUCUUUCCAGACAAAGUAGUGACUUGGAUGAUUCAAGUAUGCCUGAAUCACCCCCAGCAAAGAAAUUCAGGGCAACUGCACGCAAGAGUACUACCCAGAAGUAUUUCAAGCCCCCAAUACGUAAUUCUAGUCAGCAAGAAGGAGCAGAGGCCUUAUGUACAUUGUCAUGUCCAGGCCAGGAGAACAUUCCACCUAGUCUUCAGUGUGUUGUAUGUCUUUGUCUGUUCCAUCCACACUGUGUGGCCUACACUCCGUCAGAUAACCCAGAAUUUACAUGCCUGAGAUGUUAUGAUCCAUCACAAAUGCAGCCCAGAUGUAAAACCAUAACAGUGAUGAGAGUUGCACCAGCCUCUCAGGUACCUGUCUCUCCACGCAACACAGCCCCAGUCAUCAAACAAGAACCAAUCGACCCUGAUCAGAACAACUCUGCCCCUCAGCUUACUGCUGCAUCACCUAAGGAUGUCAACCCCACACUACUCGAACAUUUACGCACUAGUAUACUGGACCGACAAAUUGUUCAAACUGUAGCUGGUGGUGCUGUGUCCAUUUUGUCUCCUGUUCAGUUGUCUCAGGCUGGGCAAAGACCUCUUGCAACCUCCACAGAAGUGACCCAAUCCACACAAAAUCUUCCAAACUUGUCUUUACUCUCUGAUUCAUUAAGACAAGGAACUUUACAGAGAACAGUGUUUAUGUCUCCUUCUGGCUUGGUGUCUCAUAGCAAUAUACUAUCCCAGAGUCACGCCAAUACUUUGUUAGUUCCAGGGUCAUCUCUGUUGGGCAAUGCUCAAGGGACAGGAUCAUCACUGCAGCUGCCUCGUCUUAUGGCUCCUGUGCCUCAAAUACAAUAUGUUUCGCCAACACCCACCACACCUAGCCUGAGGACUCCCGUGUUAUCUAUGAUGCCCCCAAGGCUAAUUGCAGCCCCCAAAACACCGCCAGUGAUGGUUGUGGAUUCUAAUAAAACAUCACCUGUUUCAUCACAUUUGACAAAUGGAACUUCAUCACAGGAAGUGAAUGGGAAAACGGGUCAGAUAUUAACACUUCCAAGUGCUGUAGCAAAGCGGUUAAAUCUGCAGCAGCCAUUAGCUCUGAAAAUUAACAAUGUUCAGAUAACUGUGCCUCCCUCGUCCUUCCUGUUCACAAUGGAAGGUCUAAAACUAUUCCUCCCUCCAAAGACAUUCCCUUUACAAUCAGGAGAGACUGCUAAGUUAAGUGUGACUGUGACUAACGACAAAUCCAAUGCCUCUCAGCCGGAGGUGAGUGUGAAAAUCAACACAGAACAGGCUGAUGGGCUGGGAAGUAUUAAACCCCUGUCUGGAGACUUCUCAACAGCACCAGCACACUCCAGUGCAAAUGCAAACCAUCGAAAGACACGUUGGAAGAAUGGAAUAAACCCUGGCAUGUGUUAUGUGAAAAAACUGUAUGGUGGCUUUGACUGUAUGUUUUGUAUCUUCCAAUAUCUCAAUAUGAAGGACUUACUCAGGGUUGCCAUGGUAUGCAGGACAUGGAGACAGCUAGCUAUGCAUCCCAGUCAUUGGAAAAUUUUAAGGCUACAUGAUUUGAAGAUCCUGGAAUGGGACAAAGCUAUCAACUUCAUGUUGCUACGAGCAGUACAGUCUCUGAGCCUACGAGGACUGGUUCAUUAUGGAGACAAGAACCGCACAUGGCACCAACUGAUACCACACAUUCACAAGCUUUCUUGUCUACGGAAGAUCUCGUUUGGUAUUGUGCCAGCUUCAGUAUUACACAUGUGCAGUGAGAAGAUGCCCUACUUGGAGGUGUUUAUUGCUGAAAGCAUCACAGACAUGACCAGUGAACAGAUGUGGUCGGUGCCUACCAAACUUGACGUGGGUAAGUUCUCAGCUUUGACCCAGCUCCGAGAAUUAAGACUGCGAGGCGUGGCAGGCCUCCUGCUUCCUUCUUUUUCCUUCAGUGGUGGAUUGGCUCAGCUUGGCACUAUGAAGAAUCUCACAACAUUGUCACUGACAUCACUGAAGGAGGUGGAUGACAAUGAGUUUGGAUUCCUGACUGAACUUACCAAGCUAGAAGUUCUAGAACUUGGUCAUUGCUCCACUUGGUCAUCAGAGACUUACUUCCAUCUUGGUCAGCUGAACCAGCUCAAGUGUCUGCGGCUGGAGAGUGGAGGAGAGAUCCCAGAUAUUGGUCUUGGGGAUUCCCUCAUCAACAUGAAACAACUGGAGAAGCUGGAGCUUAUAAUGUUCGUAGUUGUCGAGACUCUGCAUCUAUCCCUUAGCCAGUUACAGAAACUUCAUCACCUGGUCAUCUGGCCCGACACAUCCAGUCAGCCAGCAGCAUUGGUAAAUUCUCAUGUACUGGCAGUUGUUUCAAGACUGGCGAAACUCCGAACACUGGAAUGGGGAAUCAUGGAAGAUAAACCAGUGACAUAUGAUCGCAAUGACAAUGCAGACUGUUCACAAAUGUCACAAACAGAAUGGAUUCCUUUCCUUUCUGCAGGCUUACCAGCAGAUGGAGCAGAAAUCCCAGACGAUGCUGUGCAAUAUAUGAGUGUUCAUCAGUUUACAGAGAAACUUGCCAUUAUUCAUCCAACAACAGAAAUUAAAGUGUUGAGUACAGAGUUGUUAAAUACCCAACAGUUACCGAGGAAUGAGGAUAGCUAGCAUUAGUUAUAUCAAGCAGAGGAGUGAGGAUCUCAAUACAAUGCAGUCUGUUCAGAGAAAGUGCCACUGUUAGAGAUAUAUUUAGGAAAAACUAAUCAUUUUCACAAAAUCAGUCUAACAAGUCCAAUGCAUACAUCUGUAGGAAAUUGUCAAGAGAGACAAGUCAAUGUAUUAAAGUAUUAAACUUUUUAGAAAACCAAAUAUUCAGUGACAUAAAUCCUGUUUUGAAAGUCCAUUUUGUGUCAUGAUUUAAAAUAGCAUUUAUUUUAAGAAAUAACCUUUUAAAAUAGUAAAAUAUUCCGUCAUAGUUGAAUGGUAAUAUCAAGGGAACCAUGAGUAUUGUAAAAUGUGGAAUAAGGAAUGACUAAAUAUUUUGAAAGAGUUUUGUAGUGUGUAUAUGUGAUUAUGGUUGAUUUGUUACAUACACAAUGGCAUAUGAUUGGAGAUAUUUUGAUGAUAAAACAUUUUAUUUGUGUUAUGAAUAAAAAGACAUGUGAUUAGACGAACAUUUGAAGAAUUGAGUUGAUAGUCUGUAGUCAUGUUCUGUUUUCAUGUGCUUUGAACAAAGGACAAUAAUUUUGAAUUUUUAAGCACACGUCUGUCCAGUAUGUAAGCUUGUAUUUCACAUUUUAUAGAAGCAUGCAAAGUAGCACUUGUUAAUUUGCUAUUGAGGGAAAGACUUGAUGUUUAUGAAGAUAUUUUUAACUUCAACAUCAAACUCGUGAUCAAAUAGUGCUUUGUCCUUGUUUAUCUGAAUGUGUAAAGAUUUAUUUAAUAAGUUUAUUUUUGUUUGUAAGCUGGACUAGUUUUCGCAAACAUUAAAAAUCACUUAUUUGUAAAAGAAUUCUUUUUAGUCUUUAUGAUAUGUACUAAAAUGAUUUUAUCAGAUGGUGGGCUCCCUACGAUGCUUCAUUUUGUGGUCUGUUUCUUCAUUCCUUUAACAGUUCUUGGUAUCGCUUUUUCUUGAGAAUCAAAACCAAAUUGUUCAUUUAUGUAAAUUGAAAUGCCAGUCAAAACCAUGGAAUUUUUCAUGUCAAUUUUUCAAAGAUUAAACUCUGUCUUGAUUUUUUUGUUGUUGUUUUUGUUGCAAAUAGGUUUUCAUUUUAAUUUGGAGAAUUGCAAAUAUGUAGCUAAAUUUUAUAAAGAAACAUAUAAAACUUAAAAUAUGACUGAAAGGUGAGCCAUCAUACUGAUAAGAACAAUAUAUAGUGAUAUCAAAGAUACAAGUGUUAAUGUUAAAAAAAAAAUGGUGACAUCAUAGAUAAGUAAAAAGGUAGAGCCCUGAUGGCAGAAAAUAAAUCUUAGUAUUCCAUUAGCAAUGAACCAUGUAUUAAUGAACAGUUUAUGUAUGGUAAUAGCACUACCAACCAAAUAUACUGAGGAGACGGAGGUCUGAGAUGGUAAUAAAUUGAGGUUAUUAUAAUAGGUUGUUGUUGUUGUCUCAUUUACUAUUUGAAUCUACUUAACUCUAUGAUAUCUUUAAAAUGAUUUAUCCAUUAAAACCCUCCUAACUCUUUUUCCGAUCAUUUCUAAUGAUGGUUGGCCUUGCAAUACAAAGAAUUCCCAACACAAUGAAAUCCACUCCUUCUCUUACCUACAAGUUAUUACCUAUUGUGUAUGGAGUGUUAGUAGAAUACUUAAGUAUUCACCAAGAAUUCCUCCACGGAGAUACCUACCAACCAGCACCUACAGCUAUAAAUCUCUAAAAGUCAGCUAUGAAAUUUCUGAUGAAACCUUAUCACCCUCUGUUAGUAGCUAAAUUUCUGUUAAAACCUUACCAUAACUCUCUGUUAGUAAUGAAAUUUCUGUUGAGCCCAUACUUUAACCCUCUGUUAGUAAUUAGAUUUCUGUUCAAACUUUACCAUAACCCUCUGUUAGUAAUAAAAUUUCUGUUAAAACUAUACUAUAACCCUUUGUUGAUAAUAAAAUUUCCGUUAAAACCAUACUUUAUCCCUCUGUUAGUAAUUAAAUUUCUGUUAAAACUAUACUAUAACCCUUUGUUAAUAAUAAAAUUUCCAUUAAAACCAUACUUUAACCCUCUGUUAGUAGAUUUUUGUUAAAAUCUUGCUAUAACCCUCUGUUAGUAAUGAAAUUUCUGUUUAAACUUUACCAUAACCCUUUGUUAGUAAGGAAAUUUCUGUUAAAAUCUUGCUAUAACCCUCUGUUAGUUAUGAAAUUUCUGGUAAACCCAUACUAUAGCCCUCUGAUAGUAAUUAAAUUUCUGUUAAAGUCUUGCUUUAACUUUCUAUAGUAAUGAAUUUUUAGCUCACAUGGACUUAAGGACCAAUGAGCUUAUGCCAUGAAGCGGUGUCCGUUGUCAAUUUUUAAUGAAAUAUUGCUACUGGUCAUGAAUGAUGUAACAAAUUUUGACCAAAUUUCAGUAGAUGCAUCCCUGAAGAAAAAAACCAAGUAUUGGUUCUUGGCCCAAGGGGCAGGGCCAAAAAGAGUGAAAUUUUGCAAGAUAAUGCCCAACGUAAUCUUAAGCUAAGGAAACAAUCAUGUACUUUGGUCCCUGCGGCAGAAGAUUUUGGGCUUAAUAGGGGUAAAUCUUUAAAAUCAUCCUGUAGGAAUGAGUGGAUAUUUGGCCUGAAACAUUCUUUGGUGAAGGGAAGUCCGUCUAAAUGUAAGGAAUUGGAACCCCUUGGGCUGGAGGGGUGAA